CUGACGGUAAAGUGACGCUUUCCGUACGCUAGAUCGGUAUGUAAUUAGAUAUUUUACAGACGGGAGUAGAAAAAGACCUUGUUAAAGUUAAGUUGUAACGAAAAUGUACCGGUUAACCUUUCAGUCUGUGAAAUAAUUUCGGUAAUUAAAUAUUGGCAGAUCUAACACCUUACCAACUGAGUCAUUCUCGAUCGUCAUUGCAAUAAAUUUGAUAUAUUGUUGUAUUUCGCAAAAUUGGUAAAACAUAUCUAACAAACGUCAAUUAUUAAUCUAUUCUUUCAACAGAGAAUUCGAAGGUUAGUUUUGAUAAGAAAUACUUCUUGUGGAAUCUUGAAUCUGGAUGUAAACUAACCAAACUAUCAAUCGUCUUUAUUGUAUCGUCCUUGACGAAUUAUAUUUCUCUGGUCUGUGCUCCAACUGACAACCGCAAACAAAUAGCAUUCCUAAUCUUAAAAAGUGUCUGUGACUAGUUUAGAAAUAUUUUUGCAAGUAUGUUAGAAAAUAGCUGUCCGCAAUGUAAAAAUUUGUUGCAUAAACCUUCUAAUCGUUUGGUGCAAGAUUCUUGUGGCCACAAAAAGUGCCGCUCUUGUCUCUUAGAAGACGAGGAAAGAUGUAAACAAUGUAUUGUAACAAACGGUAGAAAAAUAGACAAGUUACAAUUCGAACAUCAGACUGGUGUAAUUCAAUGUAACGGGAGACCUCAUAUAAAAUUAGCAACGGAGACAGGCGGCGCGGAGGACAAUGAUAAAGCAAAGGAACAAAAGACUGAUAACAUUUGCAAUGGUACAGAUACUGGUAAUGACUCGGGGAAUGAUAAGGAUGUCUUUAAGCUUCCAAAGAAAGCAGACACAAUUUCAAAAGAUUCAGAUAUUCCAAAACAUGUUAAUCAAAGAACUGAUCCUAUCUCAUUCUACUGCACCAUCUGCUGUAAGAGCUUUCAGACCAGAGCCCAUGUUAAAUACCAUAAGUAUUGUUCAGGAGAAAUUAAACCACACAAAUGCAAUACUUGUGGAAAGGAAUUUGUUUUAAAAAAUCAGCUUCACUUGCACUUAUUUAAACAUAAGGAGGGUCAACCAUUAACUUGUAUUGUAUGCAAUAAAACAUUCUGUGAAAAAAGCAAACUUAAUAGACAUAUGAGCCUACAUUCACCAGAAAAGCGUCAUUUAUGUACAGAGUGUGGUAAGAGAUUCAGAAGUAAAGAGUCACUUAAAAUACACCUUACUAUACACCGAGGUGACAAGGCCUACAUUUGCAAAUUAUGUCCAGCUAAAUUCAACAACUCUUCAAACUUGAAAAGACAUUUGGUCACCCAUUCAAAGGAAAAAGUUCACAUGUGCGAUCAAUGUGGCAAGAGAUUCAAAUUAAAGUGGGCUUUAUUCGUACAUAGGAGGUCACAUUUGAGAAUCCGCCCAUUUGAGUGUAGCAUUUGCCCUAAAACCUUUGUUAAUAACAAAGAUUUGCAAAGGCAUAAGCUUAUACACAUCGAAUCAAAAGGUUUCAUAUGCAGCAUUUGCGAUAUGUCAUUCAGACGUAGAGAUAACCUACGCAGGCACAUUAAAAAUACCCACCCAGGCAAAAAAGGUGAAAUAAUUAAAAAAGUGCUCAAUCCACCAGAUCCUCCUGUAAAAAAAUCAGUAGUGGUAGAUAACCCGAACGCUAUCCACGUCAUUACUGCUUCGCCUGCCUGUUUGAAAAGUAAGGCUGCGCCUGUGGCACUCUCUCCUGAACCCUCUGUUAAAUCUGUUGAUUCCAGGAGGGUCGGGUCGGUCAUCAACGGACCCAUCAAGCUUGCAUUUAAAACACCGGCUUUUAAGAGCCAUUACAAUAUUACAAGAGACUGCGACUAUGUACCAUCUCCGCAAAUACCAAAGCCAAUCGACCUGGCGGAGUCGGUAGACAUUUGUCAGAAAAUUUUAUCUCCAAGCACGGAUUUUUGCGCGCAGGGUCCAAGGAAAAUCGACGAAAAGACUUCCACAGAAAUUUGUCAGAAGAUUCUGUCGAUAUCCAGUAGUAAAAUUGAGACUGAUGUGGGACGGGAACAAAGUUUGACCGACUAUCCUAGUAAUUUGCAUUACGCGACUUCAUUUCAAAACCAGAAGCACGCGAUGAUUAAAAAUAUUAAAUUUAAAGUGCCCGCUCGCUAUACCAACCUUUUCAAACAAACUACCGCUCCCGAAGAUGAGACUGCUCAGAUUUCUCUGCCCAGCUCAACUAAACAGGUUGAGACCAGCGUUAUUGUGAACAAGGGAUCGAGUAGUGACCUACACUGGCGCAGGAGAACCUCGCAAAAUUUAGUUGUCAAAUAUUAAGACUGUUUUUACGGAUUAGUUAGUGCUUUUAUAAUUUUAUUUUAAUAAAUAUUUUGUUUGAUGUUUCAAUAUC